UAUUAUCUCCAGUGUGCAGAGCCACCGGAGAAUGACAAAUGAGUAGGAUACACAGCACUAUAGCUUCUGCAUCUUUUCCUAAACUAAUGGACAACAACUCUUCUGCAAAUGUUCCAUACAAACCCAAAAUUUGGUCAGCUACCCCUGAGGAGGUAUGAAUACAAGCAAGAGUGAAACAGUGAAAGAGCAUCCAUUGAAACCUUCUAGAAGAUCUAUGCCAUGCCUCGUCCAGAGCCAAACACAUCCUCAGAGCCUGAGCAAGCAUUCUUCAUUCCUGCAGCCAAAUCGUGUACAGCCACAACCUCUAAGUGCAGGGACAUCAACAGCUACAGUGGAUGUAGUGUCAGAACGAGCUAAAGUGGUGGAGACUUUGGAAAACAACUUGCUUAAGUUGUCUAAUACAGAAUACGGUGAUCCAUUUUUAGAUGUAGGGAAGGACAAAGAUACUUAUACAGACGAUUCAGAACAUGGGAAUUAUGAUACUCGUACAGAUCAAUCGUUACUUAUUCAAAACAAGCUCACCAGGCAGAAAACAGAACCUCGAACUAAAUCAUCUUUAAAGAGUGAUGCCAUGGCAUCAUCAGGACUCUUCUUCAAAGAUGGCAAAAAGCGCAUUGAUUACAUCCUGGUCUACAAGAAAUCAAGUCCACAGGUAGAAAAAAGAAGCACAUUUGAGAAGAAUUUGAGAGCAGAAGGGCUGAUGUUAGAACGGGAGCCAGCUGUUACAAACAGUGAUAUCAUGUUUGUUAAAGUUCACUGUCCAUGGGAGACGUUGUGCAAAUAUGCAGAAAGAAUGAACAUCAGGAUGCCUUUCAGGAAAAAAUGUUAUUACACUGACUGGAGGAGCAAAACCAUGGGCAGUUUGCAGAGGAAUAUGAGGGAGCUGAAAAGUUGGUUGCCCAGAAACCCAAUGAAGCUCGAUAAGGAGGCCCUGCCUGAUCUGGAGGAGACAGAUUGCUACACAGCACCCUUCAGCCGUGCACGCAUCCACCAUUUUACGAUAAACAACAAAGAUAGCUUCUUCAGCAAUUCCACAAGAAGUAGAAUCGUGCAUCACGUGCUACAGAGAACUAAGUAUGAAGAUGGAAAAUCCAAAAUGGGUAUUAAUAGGUUACUAAAUAACGGAACAUAUGAAGCAGCAUUUCCACCACAUGAGGGAAGCCACAAAAGCAGACAUCCCAUCAAAACACAUGGAGCACAGAAUCACAGACACCUCUUGUAUGAACGUUGGGCACGGUGGGGAAUGUGGUACAAAUACCAACCUCUUGAUUUAAUCAGGCGAUAUUUUGGUGAAAAAAUUGGCCUGUAUUUUGCCUGGCUGGGAUGGUAUACUGGAAUGCUUAUUCCUGCUGCUCUGGUUGGGCUCUUUGUUUUCCUCUAUGGAUUAUUUACGAUGGAUUCCAGCCAAGUAAGCAAAGAGAUCUGCGAGGCAAAUGAAACCAUUAUGUGCCCUAUGUGUGAACGCAAUUGCACACUACAGAAACUCAACGAAAGCUGCAUCUACGCCAAGGUUACACAUUUGUUUGAUAAUGGAGGGACUGUCUUCUUUGCUAUUUUCAUGGCAAUUUGGGCAACAGUCUUUCUAGAGUUUUGGAAAAGACGGAGAGCUGUAUUAACCUAUGACUGGGACCUCAUAGACUGGGAAGAUGAAGAGGAAGAGCUGCGUCCCCAGUUUGAAGCUAAAUAUUCCCAAGUGGAAAGAGUAAAUCCCAUUACAGGAAAACCUGAACCUUUUCAACCUUUCCCUGAUAAGCUCAGUCGACUGAUGGUGUCUGUCUCAGGAAUAUUCUUCAUGAUCUCGCUGGUCCUCACUGCAGUGUUUGCAGUGGUGGUGUAUCGACUGGUGGCCAUGGAGCAGUUUGCUUCUUUCAAGUGGUAUUUCAUCAAGAAGUAUUGGCAGUUUGCAACGUCUGGCACUGGAGUCUGUAUCAAUUUUAUGAUCAUCAUGUCACUCAAUGUUGUGUAUGAGAAGGUUGCCUAUCUCCUGACAGACUUAGAGCACCCUAGAACAGAAUCUGAAUGGGAAAACAGCUUUGCCUUGAAAAUGUUCCUCUUCCAGUUCGUCAACUUGAACAGCUCUAUCUUCUACAUUGCCUUUUUUCUUGGCAGAUUUGCAGGCCGCCCGGGAAAGUACAAUAAACUCUUUAACAGAUGGAGACUGGAAGAGUGUCAUCCUAGUGGCUGCUUGAUAGAUCUGUGCUUGCAAAUGGGAGUUAUUAUGGUUUUAAAACAGAUGUGGAACAACUUCAUGGAACUAGGCUAUCCUUUGUUACAGAAUUGGUGGUCACGGCGCAAAAUGAAGCGAAGAGGGCAAUCAAUGGAGAAUAAAAUUUCUCUACCUCAGUGGGAAAAAGAUUGGAAUCUGCAGCCUAUGAAUCUCCAUGGUUUAAUGGACGAAUAUUUAGAGAUGGUUUUACAGUUUGGCUUUACCACCAUCUUUGUUGCUGCCUUCCCGUUGGCACCUCUCCUGGCACUGCUGAACAACAUCAUAGAAAUCAGGUUGGAUGCGUACAAGUUUGUCACGCAGUGGCGCAGACCCAUGCCUGCAAGAGCAACAGAUAUAGGUAUCUGGUAUGGAAUUCUGGAAGGAAUUGGAGUUCUGGCUGUCAUCACCAAUGCCUUUGUUAUUGCCAUUACUUCUGAUUACAUUCCACGUUUUGUCUAUGCAUACAAAUAUGGUCCCUGUACAGAUCAAGGGUACAGACAAGAAAAAUGCUUAAAAGGAUAUGUCAACAGCAGUUUAUCAGUAUUUGAUUUGAGUGAACUUGGGAUGGGAUACUCAGGAUACUGUCGGUAUAGAGACUACAGAGCCCCACCAUGGAGUUCAACUCCAUAUGAAUUCACUUUGCAGUUUUGGCAUGUCCUGGCAGCACGGCUGGCCUUCAUCAUAGUAUUUGAGCACCUUGUUUUUGGAAUAAAGUCCUUCAUUGCCUACCUGAUUCCAGACAUGCCCAAAGACUUGUGCGACAGAAUGAGGAGAGAGAAAUACUUAGUCCAGGAAAUGAUGUAUGAGGCUGAACUGGAACAUUUGCAAAGAGAAAGGAAAAAGAACGGGAAACAGUAUCACCAUGAAUGGCCUUAGUCACUACUGUGCUGCAACAAAAACACUGUUUGAAAUGGAAGAGUGCAGUUACAAAAUGAAGUCAGAGUCGGGCAUCGGCAUGUGAGAUCCUCUCGUGGUGUAUAUAUGUUCUUGCUGGGCAGUGCAGUUGCAGACUUUGGUGGGCACUGGCAAACAGAUGUUUCCAAUGAUGGCAAUGAAAAGCCUUACCUGUAACUGGUCUGUGGUGAGCUCCCGAGGAGAACUGGCACUCAGGAACGUGCAGUCAGCGUAAAAACUUGGACACUGGUUUGAAAAAAGACCAGGAAUGUUCGUGCUGUUCGUGAAGGUACAGCAUGAACCUUCAGCAUAAUGAAAUUGUGAAUUACCAGCGCAAUGAAAACAAAAAAAUUACCUGUGAACUUAAAGAGUAAGGGCAUGACUAAAACCAACUUAUAUGAUAUCCACUACUUCUACAGCUUCUGAUUGCUCAGUUCCAUCUGUAAUGCCUCUAAAGAAAAGAGCAAUUGUUGCCUUUGUGGCCAUAACUUGAUCUUUCAGGCUUACUGUUUUGUCAGGUUUGUCCUAGUCUCUUGCUGAGAUUGUGGAUGUGGUCCUACCCUAAAAAAAGGGGUCUGUGGCUGCUUAAUAUAUAUACUAUGCAGUUUAAGAUUUGCACAUCAGUGUCAUUAAUUUAUCCUUCUAGUUGAAAACCAAAAAUUCCAAAUUCAAAAAGAAAACAGCAACACUAGCAGAAUGCAUCACAUUGCCCACGUUGCAGCUCUGUUUGAAAAUGACACAGCUGUUGAGUUGUCUUUCCACCUGUGUGUGUGGAAAGGCCACCUCCACACGCUUCCAGGAUGAAAGAACUGUCAUUUUCCUGCUCUGAUGUAGCAUGCAGGUGUCUGUGUUACUGUUCCUUUUGGCCUGUCUGGGCAAUGAUUCCAUGACUUCACAAAAUGCUAACUUGAAAUAUUCCCAUGCUGUGCAAAUGACUUAGUCUUCAAAAUACAAUUAACUUUUUUAUAGUAUGCAAGCUUCUGCAGAUAUAUAUCAGAUGUACAGUAUAACAUCGUGACUUGCUUGUUCAGGGAAGGAGAAACAGUUUAUAACAAUGCUCUUCUUACUGUAAUAGUAAAUGUUCCAGUAACAUACACUUCUUUUAUUGGCCUAAAUAUGUCAAAACAUGGGAGAUAGAUACAGGCAAAUAUAGAUACAGAUUGUACAUAAAUGCAUACACAUACAGUGGUUACUUUUAUUAUUAUUAUUAUUACUAUUAUUAUUACUAUUAUUAUUAUUAUUAUUAUUACUAUGCCUUCUUACAGUUUGGGGGGGCUUUUUGGAUAAAAUCACUAUAAAAAGUAGAUGUUCAUGUAAGAAUCAAAUUUCAGUUUUUAUGUGCAAACAGCAUACUGUGGUGUUGUUUGUGGUUAUAGUCAAAUUUUGGUGAUGAAAUUGUCUAUUACUAACAUUUCAUAAUAGGGGAAAAGCACUUAAACAGUUUAAACAAGUUUGCAGGGAUGCCUUGCAGAGAAGGGUGUGGAGACCCAGAGUUACAAUCUUAUAUUUCUCUUGUACGAUUUUAAAUAAUGUUUCUCUGUAUUGGAUGAGAAAAUUUUAAAAAAACAAAGGGUCACAAAGCACAGUAACUAUAAAGGCUGCAAAUUUUAACAUUAUUUUUAGGGAUAAAGCUGCAGCAAAAUCACUGCUGACAGAUAUUAAAAGACCUGAAUUUUUACUAUUUACAAUACCCUAUUGAACUAAAAGGUGUGAUUCCAAUAUUCACCUGCAUCUAUUAGCACAAUAAUUUUAUUUUAUUCUAAUAAAAUUAAUUUCAAGAGUCAAGACCCAUCAGAGUGGGUAAAUAGAAUCUAUUGUAUCCAGAGGACCUAGCAUCAGACUUUUAAUUGUUUCACCAUAUUAAUGAGAUUUCUUGGUUAAUUCCUGCUCUCUGUGACCAGACAAGGCAACUAUAGGAGUACCUCCAGUAUUGCAUAACAGGAGGAAAGAAAUUUGAAGAUCUGGUAAAAUCAGAUAUAUUACUCACUCAUUCUGUGAUAAAGGGCUCAGUUUCCCAUGUUUUGGAAAGGCUGUUUUGUUUAUUCAUAUUCUGGGUUAUGUGUUAAAUUCCUCAGGAGUCAUUAUCAGAAAAAAAUGAGUGCACUCUCCUCGGUGCUUACAGAAUCACAGCAUUUGAUUUGAUGGAUUGUCUCUCUGUUUCAUUCUGUGGAUUAUCAAGCACAGUUUGACAGCGUUAACCCUGUGUCAGAGUUUUUGUUUCUGUGCCACAUAAUGAUCGUACUUCAGUUCUUCGGAAGGUCACAGAUGAGCUCUUUUUAAUGUUUUCUCUAAAAACAAAAUGCCUUGGCUGGCCCAAGGGAUAAAGAUAUAGGGUAAAAUCAGGCAAAAAUCAGAAAUAUUGAUUAUUUUGUACUUUCUUGUUUCUGCUGUGGAUAUCAGCACCUGUCAAUACAUACUUAGGCAAAUUCCAAUUGGACUUAAAAAAACACGUAAAAAAGAAAAUCUUUUUGUAUUUGAGAUUUAAAUAUAUAUGCUAUUAAUUAUUUUCAACACUGGUAUAUAGGAGUCUACUAAAGGCAAGUAUGUAGAUCUGACAUGGUGCAUUUUAUGCACUGGAAAAGCACAAGAAGCUUGGAGAAAAACUCUGUGUGUCCUUUACUUUUGGAGGAUGUCAGCAGUGUGUAAAAGUCUUGCCACUAUCUAGCCAUUUGCUUAAGCUGAGAAACCUUUUUGCUAGACUUCAUUUAGUAUACUGUUUUCAUUGACUGCACGUUAUUUUCCUAACGUAUAAGGCACACACUGUCCUCAGGAAUAAUGUAUUUUUUGAAUGGUGAAUGAUCUUUUCAUAUUCUAAAUAUUGUCUUUUCAAACAAAUGACUGGUAUGACUAGACUGCAUGUAGGCUGCAUUUGUGAAAUCUGACAAAGCUUUAGAACCUCAAUUUGUGCAAAAAUGCUUUAGAUCGUUGCAGAUCUAAUCUGUGACAACUUUGCUCUAUGCAUGCGCCCUUGGAGAGACUGCAUGAGCAACUAGAUAUUUUUAUGUAUAAAGGAUUAGUCAAAAUGUCUUAAUUAUUCCUAACCAAAUUCUGUGUCUUCGUUCAGACAAAAGAAAUUUCCAUUUCAGAAAUGGCAAGAAGUCCAGAUACGUGAUCCACAUCUCAUUUCUUAUGACUUUUUAUUCUAAAUUUGCACCUAAUAUGUGAGAUCUGAAUUUUGGUGAAUAAAAAAAAAGGAAAAUAAGAAUUCUGUUUCAUUAGCCAUCCUAAUCAUAGCUCAAAGUCUAUCUCCGUGUAGAGGGAGGCAGUGAGGGCUCAGCAUUCACAACUGAGUGCUAACAGGGUUGCCUGAAUGUUGAGCCCAGGCUCAUACAGCACAGUGAUUGAGCAUCCUGAUGGAGUACUAGUGUUUGGAAACAAGGUAAAACUCAUCAAAGCCUUCAGCAAAGCCUUUGAAACUGUCUACUGCCACACUCUCUUGGAGAAGCUGGCAGCCCAUGGCUUGAACAGGUGCACUCUUUGCUGGGUUAAAAAGUGGCUGGAUGGCUGUGCCCAGGGAGUGCUGUUGCAUCCAGUUGGUGGCUGGUCACUGGUGGGGCUCCCCGAGGCUCAGUGUUGGGGCCAGUCCUGUUUAAUACCUUUAUCGGUGAUCUGGACAAAGGGAUCAAGUGCACUUCCAGACAACACUAAGUUGGGUGGGACUAUUGAUGUGCUGGAGGGUAGGAAGGCUCUGCAGAGGGAUCUGGACAGCCUGGAUCGAUGGGCCAAGGCCAAUGGUAUGAGGUUCAGCACAGCAAAGUGCCGAGUCCAGCACUUGGGUCACAACAACCCCCUGCAGUGCUACAGGCUGGGGACAGAGUGGCUGGAAAAGGACCUGAGGGUGCUGGUCAGCAGCAGCUGAACAUGAGCCAGCAGUGUGCCCGUGUGGCCAGGAAGGAAUCCUGGCCUUUAUCAGGGAUAGUGCGGCCAGCAGGACCAGGGAGGUGAUUCUUCCACUGUACUCAACGCUGGUGAAGCCACCCCUGGAGUGCUGUGUCCAGUUCUUGGCCCCUCAGUUCAGG